AUGCCUUUGCCCAUCCUUGCUGAAGGUGCCACCCGAGGCCUUUCAGCAAUUCCCUAUGGAUACACUGCCAUGAAAACAGCAGCUGGUCUUGCUGUAAUUGCCGCGUUAAAACGAUAUUUUGGAGGAGCUACCAACAAGUCAGAUCGAGUCAUGCACUCUAAAGUGGUUCUUGUUACGGGCGGGACGUCUGGCAUUGGUGCAGCCGUUGUACGAGAGUUGGCAAUUAGAGGUGCCCAGGUCAUAAUACUGACGCAACACUUACCUUCUGAUCCAUUUAUUGUCGACUACAUUGAAGAUCUCCGUACCUCGACUGGAAACGAACUCAUUUACGCAGAACAAGUCGACCUUUCCUCGUUGUAUUCCAUUCGGCUGUUUGCUACAAAAUGGAUCGACAAUAGCCCUGUACGGCGGCUUGAUAUGGUUGUGCUUUGUGCGAAUACACAGAAACCAUCUUCUUCUCGAACAUCGCAUGGAACCAGCGAAGGGCUCCAGGAAGAAUGGCAGAUAAAUUAUCUUGCGAACUACCAUUUACUGAGCAUUUUAAGCCCUGCUUUGCGAGCCCAGCCGCCCGACCGAGACGUACGAGUUAUAUUCACUACUUGUUCAAGUUAUAUUGGGGCGAAUAAGUUAGAUCUCAAAGUAUUGGAAAAGGCAACAGUCAUCCAGCAUUCGGCUGACCCGUCGACAAAACAAAAGGCCAAAAAGGGCCCCGAAUCGAUCGUGUCCAGUAGCAGCAUAACUCCAGGAACCCGUCGGUGGCUUACUGGAGGCUCAUUGUGGGGGCUCUUAUUUUAUCUUAUAACAUGGCCAAUAUGGUGGCUAGUGCUUAAAUCGUCCGAGCAAGGCGCACAGAGUAUCCUUAUGGCAGCAAUGGAAGCAAAUUUCAGCGGAGUUGGGAACACGGCCGCCGUUAGCCUUGAUGAAAUUAAGAAAAUGGCGGGUGAAAAUAGCGACAUGACCGGGCGUAUGAAAGUAGGUAUCGAGGGAGGGACCUUGUUAAAGGAAUGCAAGGAGCGCCACGUCCUUCGAAGCGAGAUUAUGGAUGAGAAGGCAGGCAAAGAGCUAUGGGAGUUCAGCCAGCGGCAAAUUGAGCAGAAGGAAAAGGAAGCUGCUUUACUCAGAGCGAUGGAGAAGAAAGCUAGAGAGGAGGAAGAGAAGGAGAAGAAAAAACAGUCAAAGACUGAGACGUCAACUCAAGGGAAGAAGAAGAAAUGA